AUGAGCUUGGAAGAGCACGAAGAAGCGUUAUAUCUAACAACAGCGGCGAAAAUGCAGCAGUUUGGACUCGAUAGCAUCAUCCAGGAGCAGGUCAGCAGCUGUGUCCCUAGAUCAUAUGUGCAUGCAGAGCUAUUGGUGCACGAAUAUUACCGGCUGCACAGGGACAAACAUCAGAUCAAGAAAUUCUGGAACGAUUGGAAAUAUAUCGGAAGCAACAAACCUACUUGUCGGCUAUGCCAGCACUACAUCAACGCAACCCCGGAACAGGUUUCGGUCAGUAACUCGCACCGCAAGCUCUAUCUGGACUGUCAACUUCCGACAAUCUUUGAGAACCAUGGAUCUGCCAAUGUUAGCUUGGCAAACUUCACUAUUCUGAGUCAAGUAACUGAAAGUGUUCGGAACGAUUUGAAGAGAGCGUUGGAUAAGUGCCUGUCGACAAGAAAGAAUGAACUCAAGACCCACUUCACAUGGCCGUUGCACUACAGGUCCGGCGCCAAUGACCCCGCCAAUCUAAAUGAUGCUGUGCCCAGGGUGCCUAGAGUUCUGGUCAGGCGUCACCCUAGAAACCAGGUACAGAAUAUGGCAGCCAGGGAUGGCGGGAGCGGUAUGGUUGGGAAGUUUGAGGCGGACAUGGCUGAUGAUGAUGAAAACGGAGGUGUCAGGGUGUCAUCCGCGUAUUAUUGA